GAUGGCGUCUGCUUAUCUGAGACAAGAGCUGGACUGUUCCAUCUGUCUGAACAUUUAUACAGAUCCUGUAAUGCUGACAUGUGGACACAACUUCUGCCGGGUCUGUAUUGAUCGUGUGUUGGAUACACAGGAGGGGUCUGGAGGUUAUUCCUGUCCUCAGUGCAGAAAAAGGUUUAGGGGUCAUCCUACACUGAAGAGGAACAAAAAACUGCAUAAGAAAGUGGAGACUUUACGAUCUAUUUAUCCAGAUCAGAAGACGACUGGAAUCUUCGGUACACAAUGUAUUCACUCUCCUGUACCUGCUGUUAAAUCCUGUCUGCUGUGUGAAGCUUCUAUAUGUAAUGAUCACCUGAGAGUCCACAGCAAGUCACCAGAACAUGUCUUAACCGAUCCCACCACUUCCAUAGAGAACAGAAAAUGCUCCAUCCAUAGAGAACUUCUUAAAUAUUACUGCACUGAGGACUCUGCCUGUAUCUGUGUGUCCUGCAGGCGGGAUGGAGAACACCGGGGACACAAGGUGGAGACUCUGGAUGUGGCCUCUAAAAAGAAGAAACAGAAACUGAGAAAUGUUCUGCAGAAACUGAUGACAGAGAGAGAGGAGACAGAGAAAAGAGUCCAGAGUCUGCAGGAUCGCAGGAGAAAAGUACAAGAAAAAUCAGCCAGUCUAACAGAGAGAGUCACUGCCCUGUUCAUAGAGCUCAGGAGACAUCUGGAGGACCUGGAGAAGAGAGUCUGGAGGAACAUCUCCAGCCAGGAAGAGCGGAUCUCAUUGUCUGAUCUGAUCCAUCAGCUGGAAAUAAAGAAGGAGGAUCUGUCCAGGAAGAUGGAGGACAUUGAGAAGCUGUGUAACAUGACUGACCCACUGGCUGUCCUACAGGAAUCAGACACAGGGGACUUGUGUGAUACUGAGGAGGGAGAUAAUGAGGACAGAGAGAGACACGAUAGACUCCUCCAUGAUGGAGGGGAUCUGGAUGUGUCGGGAAUCUCGCACACAUUACACACAUGGUUAUCUGAUAUGAUAAAAGGGGUAAAUGUAUUCUUCAAUAUACAUGAAGCUUCAGACAUAUUACUGGAUGUGAACACAGCUCAUAAUAAUCUACAGAUAUCAGAUGACAUGAAAACUGUAUCCUGGUCAGAUAUAGAGCAGAAUCGUCCAGAAACACCGGAGAGAUUUCAGUUCUGGUUCCAGAUAUUAAGCCGUCAGAGUUUUUCCUCGGGGCGACAUUACUGGGAAGUGGAUGUCAGUGAGUCAGGAGAUUGCAGCGUUGGGAUGUGUUAUCCCAGUAUAGAGAGGAGAGGAGACGAGUCAUGGAUUGGAUAUAAUAACAAGUCCUGGGUUUUUCGCACAUAUAGCGGUGGGUGUUGUCUAAUACAUGACAAUAAACAGAUCAGCACAUCUCCCGAUCUCUCCAGUAACAGAGUCAGGAUCUAUGUGGAUUAUGAGGCCGGGCAGCUGUCCUUUUAUGAUCUGUGUGACCCGAUCAGACACCUCCACACCUUCACCACCACCUUCACUGAACCCCUCCAUCCUGUGUUAUGGGUAUGGAAUGGUCAUUUAAAGCUAUCUGGAGGGUCAGAAGAUGUGUAAAAUGAUUAUAUUACAGGAAAUCUGAGCUGAAUCUGGUGAGAAAUGUGAUUCUGGUUCAUAGGAUGACACAGUUUGUACAGAUAACAUAUUUCUCCAAUCGGUGGAUCUGGUAGAUCUCCGCACAGUAGAGUCUCCUCCAUCACUUCCACAUCCAAUAAGACAAAGGUGGAUUGUGGGGGGUUUAUUUAGCGUUAGGCUGACCAUACACUAUAAACCUGUUUUAGAUUUAUCAUCAACUAUGUCAUCCUAGUAUUUGCAUGGAUGCAAUCUUAAUGGAUAAUGUGUCCUUUUUUUUUUUUUGUUGGCUUUUUGGUAAAUCUAAGGCUGACUUUACACUAUACAAUCUGAUUGUACAAUCUUCAUUAGAUCUACCAUCAGAUAUGUAGUAUAAGGCCUGCCUGAUUUUAACUAAUUCAAAAGCACUGUUUAUCUUCAUAUGACAUCAUUUUGGUAACGCUAAAGGAGAUUUGGUUGUAUAGUCCCUUUAGCUUUACCAAAACGAUGUCAUAUAACCAUUAACUUAAACGGUGCUUUGAAUUAGUUAUAACCAGGCAGGCCUUAUACUACAUAGCUGAUGGUAGAUCUAAAACAGGUUGUAUAGUGUACGAUCAGAUUUAGGCAUUAUAUUAAAGUUUAAGGUUAAAUUUAAAGGUAUUAAAGAUUAAUUUAACUUUUAAGUUCAUCUUGGAAUGAGUGGGGAGAUAUUAGAGCUCAUGCCAGUCUUUAUUGCUGUCUUUGUCCCCAUUAGGGAGACUCUGGGCCAGAUUCAGGUACAUUUACG